AUGGAUGGAACUUUGAACCCCUCUUAUUUGAAUCUCCAGUCCGAUAAACAAAUUACCGACAUUUUACAAAUACAUCCCAUGUCUCACUUCUGUAUACAGCUCAGUAUAUGCGUGAUAAUUAUUGUCACAUUUAUUACAUUUCUUAUACUCGCAGCAUCCAAUAUGAUCCCUAACUUUACUGGGUCUGUCACUUCCACGUGGGGAACAGGAAAGGGCAUCCGUUAUUUAGAAACGUUUAUGAACAUGUCAAAAAGUUGUGCACACUUAUAA